AUGAGCGGGGACCUCGAGGCUCUGCUGUCGCCGCGGCGCACAUCCGGAUGCUCUCGCGGCGCGUCCGUCUCCCCGCGCGCGGGUGCCAGCAGCCCAGGAGGCAGCCCCAGCAGCUCGGACGCACCGAUCGACCUCCUCGCGACGACGCUGCUCUUCCUGUUCCCCGCGCUCGGAGGCGCACUCUUCGGCUAUGAUAUCGGGUCGUCGUCCGGCGCUCUCGUGUCCCUCACCAGCGCGCAGACCGCAGGGACAGACUGGUACGCGCUGAGCAGUGUGCAGUCCGGCCUGGUGGUCUCCAGCAGCCUGUUCGGCGCCCUCGGCGGGUCCGUGCUCGCGCUGGUCUUCGGCGACCGCCUCGGCCGCAAGACGGAGCUUCUGUCGGCGGGCGCCCUCUACGGCACCGCCGCCGUGGUGUGUGCCUCCGCGGCCUCCUACCCGCAGCUGAUCGUCGGGCGCGUGCUCUACGGCGUCGGCAUCGGCUUCGCGAUGCACGCCGCGCCGGCCUACAUCAGCGAGACGGCGCCCUCGCGGGUCCGCGGGCUCCUGAUCUCGCUGAAGGAGUGCGCCAUUGUCCUGGGUAUCUUGCUGGGGUAUUUCGCGGGAUAUUCGUUCGUGGGAGACGUGGGCGGCUGGCGCAUGAUUUACGGCGCGAGCGGCGCGGGCGCGGCGCUGCUCGUGCUGGGCAUGUCGCUCAUUCCUGAGUCAGCGCGCUGGAUGCUGUUUGCCGGGCGGCCGCGCGAGGAGGCGCGGGCGGCGCUCGCGCGGUCGCGCGGGGCGUCGGCGCGCGCGGAGGACGUCGAGCGCGAGGUGGAGGAGAUGGCGGCGCUCGCCGGCGCGGGGCGGCAGGGCGCGGGCGUGGACUUUGGGCCGCUGUUUGAGCCGCGAUACCGCGCGGCGCUGUGGGCGGGGAUGAGCCUGAUGCUCUUCCAGCAGAUCACGGGGCAGCCGAGCGUGCUGUACUACGCCGCGCAGAUCCUGCAGGCCGUCGGGUUCGGCACGGCGGAGGAGUCGACCGGGCUGUCGGUGGUGCUGGGGCUGUUCAAGCUCAUCAUGACGGCCGUCGCGGUGCUGUACGUGGACAAGGCCGGGCGGCGGCCGCUGCUGCUGGGAGGGGUGGCGGCGCUGUGCGCGAGCUUGUUCGCCCUCGCGGCGGCGCAGGGCGGCCUGCUCGGUGCGUCGGGGCCGGUGGUGGCGCUGGUCGCGUUCCUGCUGUACGUCGGGGCGUAUCAGAUAUCCUUCGGCCCGAUCUCGUGGCUGAUCGUGGGCGAGGUGUUCCCUCUCGCGGUGCGCGGGCAGGCCAUCGCGCUGGCGACGCUGAUCAACUUCGGCAGCAACUUCCUGGUGUCGCUGGUGCUGCCCAGCAUGCAGGAGGUGCUCGGGCAGUCGCUGACGUACGCGGCGUUCGGCUCGGUCGCGGUGCUCGCGGUGGCCUCGAUCUACCUGUCGGUGCCCGAGACCAAGGGCAAGUCGCUCGAAGAGAUCGAGGAAAUGAUGAUCGGCGACAAAAGCAGCUGA